AUGGAUUGCACAGCUCCGACUAACUAUCUUGUUUCUUUCUGGCUGAAAUCGUUAACAGGUGUUCAGAUAUGGAGAAAUUUGAGCAGAGUGAUGCAACUGAUGUCUUCUUCUAUGCACACAAUUUUCGUAAAGCGCUUCGAGCUCGUCUUUUUCAGAUCCCGUCCAGGACACACUCUUCAAAACUCGGCUAAAAUUAUCAGUGAUAAACUGCAUAGAUUAGUCUAUGAUUUGAGAUCCGCCACACUCCGUGUCCCCCAGCGCACAGUUAACAGCCGAAUCAACACUUUUUUACGUUUAAAACCACCAACUCGACAAAGGAAAAUUAUUCAAACUGAAGAGCAAAUAGGAUAUCAAAGGAAUUCGGAAUCCCCCGAAGCACAAAUCUACGACAACGAAAACUAUAGUGUGAGCGAUGGCUGUCCAGAGUAA